AUGGACGCCUCCUCCCUCCGCAUCUCCAAGUUCGAUGGAACUAACUUCCACGCCUGGAAGUUCAAGAUGCAGAUGGUGCUGGAGGAACGGGACCUAUGGGAGGUCGUCAGCGGUGAGAUCAAGGCGGAACAGUGCGAGACUCAGUUGGACCAAGCUACGUACAAGAGGAAGUCAAGAAAGGCGAUGGCAGUGAUCUGUCUAGCCAUGGAAGAUUCCCAGCUACCGUUGGUCCGGUCGGCAAGUGGUGCAUGCGACGCAUGGUCAAGGUUGGAAGACCACUUCGAGAAGAAGAGUCUUGCCAACAAGCUGUUCUUGCGCCGUCGCUUCUUCACGACAAUGAUGGAAGAAGGCGACGAUGUGCUCGAACACAUCAACAAGCUCAAGACGCUGGCGGAACAGCUAGAAGCGGUGGGGGCUCCAGUCUGCGAGGACGAUCUGGUGAUCACACUCCUCGGCAGCCUGAGUGACUCGUAUCAAUUCUUGAUCACAGCUUUGGAGUCGCGCUCAGACACUCUUAGCUGGGAGCUCGUGACGUCUCGACUGCUUCAUGAAGAAAUGAAGCGGAAGGAGCAAGGAAGUAAAGGUGAUGAAGCUUCGCAAGGUCAAGCGUUCAUCACAAGGGACAAUCAGCGCAAAGGGCGACCAGUGAAGAAGUCCUGGCCGUGCCACAAUUGCGGAAAGAUUGGUCACUGGAUGGCGGAGUGCCCCUCGCGCAUCCAAGAAAACACGGAGAGACACCGGCCACAGCGUGCUCAAGACAGCGGCGACCGCUAUCGAUCACAACGUGCAAACGUCGCUCAAGAAGAAGACUCGGGCGACUACCUCUUUUCGAUCGGUGAAACGACAUCUGCGAAAUCGAGCGACAUCUGGCUGGUCGACUCCGGGGCGACGCAGCACAUGACGUGCUCCAAGAAGUUCAUGCGGAACUACAAGGGGUUUGACGCUGUGGAUGUCCAUCUCGCGGAUGAUGGAAUCGUCCAAGCAAUCGGCAGUGGGGACAUUGUCAUGUCGAUGAAGACACCCCAAGGGAUGAAGAAAGGUGUGCUCACAAACGUGUGGCACAUCCCAAAGUUAUCCAGAAACCUGUUCUCGGUCGGCCGCUUCACCAAGGAUGUCGGCCCAGUGACGUUCACGAAGGAUGGGUGCUAUGGAGAAGCGAAAGGGACCAAGUGGAAAAUUGGUGCCCGUGAAGGUAAAGGACUGUUCAAGCUGCAAAUGACUCCAGUGGCGCCGGAACAAGCAAAUGCAGCCAAGUCGUCGGGAUGUCAAGGGGGCACCAAGUCGUACCUCUGGCACCUUCGGCUUGGCCACAUAGGUCACGAUGGACUCAAUUGCAUCGUGACGAAGAACAUUGAAUUUGGCAUCGACAUAUCUUCGGUGAAGAAGUGGGACGUGUGUGAAGGUUGUGCUCUGGGAAAACAGACUCGAGUGCGCUUCCAAUCAACACUACAGCUCGCACCACCAAACUCCCGAACUGACCAACAGCUCGGAACUUCCAUGGCUGACAGAUCACAGCGACGUAUGGACGAUGUCGAUGGCAACUUUCAGUGGAAAACGGUACUUCGUGACAUUCAUUGA